AUGGUGCUGGUUCUGGUGCUGGUUCUCCUUAUUGUCGGGGUCAUGCUAUACAUGCCGCUAAUUCUAGGUCUGGUGAAUACUCCGGACAUCAUUCAUACUCGUGACAUGAGAACAGACAAAAAGCUGAAGGCAAUUAACUCUAUACCGAGUAUGCUGCUGAACCCCUUUGAAUACUUUUUUGGAAUAAAUAUGUCUUGCGAAGAAAUUCAAGAUGACACAAUGCCGCUUUUACUUGAUGACGAAGAUCCAAACUCACCUGAAGCAAACGCUGUGCCUGAAUAA